AUGUUAAGAGCAAAGCAGCUUGGCACGCUAUCCCAGUCUGCCAGAUCUUUUUUCCUAAGCGGGCCACGAUGCAGCACAGCAGAUGAGAGUUCAUGCACUUGCUCUGAAGAUGAGACUUGUAUAUCUAGGAGGCCUCUCAGAACAAAUGUCCAACAUUUGCAAGCAUCAUCAGCCUUAGCAUCAAAAGCUUCGUUAGGAGUAGAUUCGCAGAUAUCAAAUGAUGCAGGAAAAGCAGCAAAUUCUACGGUGGGGAGUUCUCCACCACAAGUAAUAAGGGUAUCCCACUCAUUGGACAGAGGAAGUUGUGUUAAUUAUGCAGAUGGUGUGGAUGCAAAGGAGAUGAUACAUUCGUCACCUCCUAUUACGGACCAAAUUGUUAAAGCAGGUUUUGCAGCUGUUGGUGUUUUAUCCGACUUGGUAAAUAACAAGAUUCCAGUUUUAGAUGGAAUGCUUAAUGCACCACAGAACUCUGUGGUUGAACGUUCAAAGCCCAUUUCUAACAUCAGAUCAGUAAAUGUGAAAACAUCUAGAAAAGAUAAAAUCCAUGGAAAAUCAUCUGCUGAGUCAUCCGAGUCGAACUUUACUGAUGUCGCUUAUGGUACAAAAGGUAGAGCUGAUAAAUUGGGUUCAGACAAAGCGGUGAAGAAUGUGCCAAGUAAUGGAUCAGGGAAUUUUGUAGAUUCCCAUGGUAUCUCCUCGGAGGCUCGUGAGAGGAAAAGGUCAAUUCCUCAAAGAUCAAGAGUUUGUUCAAACUGCUUCGUGGCUGGUGUACAACAUUUAGAAAGAAAGAGUACUAACAGCACGCCAGAAGGGUUUGCUAGGCCCAUAAGAGAGACAGAAGUAAUAACAGAAGUUGCUCCAGUGGCCAAGAAAUUUUUAAAUUCUAGUUAUGUGGUUGAAAGUGUUUCUCGCAUAUUACAGAAGUUCAGAUGGAGUCUGGCAACUAAAGAGGCUCUUGGAAAUCUGAAUUAUUCAGUAGAUGCCUACCAAGCAAACCAAAUUCUUAAGCAGCUACAUGAUUAUAACGUCGCUCUUGGUUUUUUCUAUUGGUUGAAACGACAACCAGGAUUCAAGCAUGAUGGACACACAUACACUACCAUGGUUGGUAUCCUUGGCCGUGCGAGGCAGUUUGGGUCAAUAAACAAGUUGCUUGAUCAGAUGGUCAGUGAUGGAUGUCUGCCAAAUGUUGUUACAUAUAAUCGUCUCAUUCAUAGUUAUGGUAGAGCAAAUUACUUGAACGAAGCGUUGGGUGUUUUUAGCCAAAUGCGAAAAGCAGGAUGUGAACCUGACCGUGUAACCUAUUGUACGCUGAUUGACAUCCAUGCAAAAGCUGGGUAUCUUGAUGUUGCCAUGGAUAUGUAUCUGCAGAUGCAAGAAGCCGGACUUUCUCCUGAUACUUUCACUUACAGUGUAAUCAUUAAUUGCCUUGGGAAAGCUGGCCACUUGGCUGCAGCUGACAAGCUAUUCUGUGAGAUGGUUAAUCAUGGGUGCGUACCUAACGUGGUGACUUACAACAUUAUGAUUGCUUUGCAAGCAAAGGCAAGGAACUACCAGAGUGCUCUGCAGCUGUAUCGUGACAUGCAGAAAACUGGAUUUGAGCCUGACAAAGUAACUUAUAGCAUAGUUAUGGAGGUUCUUGGCCAUUGUGGCUAUCUUGAUGAAGCUGAGGCAGUUUUUGUGGAGAUGAAGAGAAGAAACUGGGUUCCUGAUGAGCCCGUUUAUGGUCUUCUUGUCGACCUGUGGGGAAAGGCAGGGAACGUGGAGAAGGCUUGGGAAUGGUAUCAAGCCAUGCGUAGUGCAGAUUUACUCCCGAAUGUUCCUACAUGUAAUUCUCUUCUUAGUGCUUUCCUGAGGGUACACCGUCUAUCUGAUGCAUAUAACUUGCUACAGAGCAUGCACAGUUUGGGUCUGAAACCUUCUUUGCAAACUUACACGUUGCUUCUUAGUUGUUGCACAGAAGCCCAAACAUCGUUCGACGUGUCAUUUUGUUGUGAGCUUAUGACAGUCACUGGCCAUCCAGUGCAUACAUUUCUACUGUCUAUGCCUACUCCAGGACCUGAUGGGCAGAAUGUGAGGGAUCAUGUUAGCAACUUCUUGGAUAUGAUGCACAGUGAAGAUAGAGAAAGUAAGAGGGGACUCGUGGAUGCAAUUAUCGAUUUUUUCCAUAAGUCGGGGCUUAAGGAGGUAGCUGGAUCAGUUUGGGAGGUGGCAGCACUGAAGAACGUCUAUCCAGAUGUGGUCAGAGAGAAAAGUUCAUGUUACUGGCUUAUAAACCUGCAUGUUAUGUCGGAUGGAACCGCUGUAACUGCAUUAUCAAGAACACUUGCAUGGUUUCGUAGACAAAUGCUUGCCUCAGGAACUGGGCCAAACCGCAUUGAUAUUAUCACCGGUUGGGGCAGACGGAGCCGGGUGACAGGAUCCUCUAUGGUGAGACAAGCCGUGCAAGAGUUGCUGAACACAUUCAGGUUCCCUUUCUUCAUGGAAAACGGUAACUAUGGGUGCUUUGUAGCAUGUGGAGAGCCUCUCAACCGAUGGUUGUUACAGUCUUAUGUUGAGCGGAUGCAUUUGCUGUGA